AUGGAAACACCUAAAACGAUCGCCAAAGGAUUGACCCAUAUCAAUGGCGUCAGUAUUGCGAUCGCAGCUCCUACAGCACCGGUACGUGAAAAGUGGACCAGUAACAUCGAGUUCACGCUAUCGUGUAUCGCGUACUCGGUCGGGUUUGGCAACAUCUGGAAGUUCCCGUACACCGCGCUGGACAAUGGUGGUGGUGCGUUCCUCGUGCCGUACCUGGUGGUUCUGUUUGUGAUCGGACGUCCGCUGUACUACCUCGAGAUGGCGAUGGGACAGUUCUGUAGCCGUGGGUGCGUCAAGAUCUACGAUAUGGCUCCGGCGAUGCGUGGCGUUGGCAUCGGGCAGUCGAUCGCGAUGCUGGUGGCCAUCUCCUACUACACGCCGGUGCUGGCGAUUACCCUGCGCUACCUGUUGCUCUCGUUUAGCAGCGAGCUGCCGUGGAGCAAGUGCGACCAGUCGUGGAGCCGGUGCAUCGAUUCGGAUUUCCGCGGGUAUGUCGAGAGCUCAUUUUCCAACGGCUCGCAGGAGCGCCGGAACGUGUCAGCGGAGUUGUAUUUCACUGAAAAGAUAAUGCACCGCAAUUCGUUGGCCGAGGGUCUGGGCUGGCCCAGUAUGGAGCUCGUGCUAUGCCUGGUCGUCUGUUGGCUCAUCCUAGCGACCAUACUCAUCAAAGGUGUCCGCAGUACCGGCAAGGCCGCAUACUUUUUGGCCAUCUUCCCGUACGUCAUUAUCUUUAUCCUGCUGGCUCAUGCCCUCAGCCUCGAGGGUUCACUUAAGGGUAUCCUGUUUUUCCUUACACCGAAAUGGGAGACGCUCUUCACGGCCAAGGUAUGGAUGGAGGCGGUGACACAGUGUUUCUUCUCGCUGUCAAUCUGCUUCGGUGGGAUCAUCGCUUACUCGUCGUUUAAUAAUUUCUCAAACAACGUUUACCGCGACGCAAUGAUCAUCUCCUGGCUUGACACCUUCACCUCGCUCGUCGUCGGUUGCAUCGUGUUCGGAGUGCUAGGAAACUUGGCGCACGUCACCCACCAGGACAACAUUCAGACGUUAGUGCGCGAGGGUGCCGGACUCACCUUCAUGGCAUACCCGGAUGCCAUCUCCAAGUUCGAGUUCUACCCGCAGCUCUUUUCCGUGCUGUUCUUCCUGAUGUUCUUCAUCGUAGGGAUUGGCAGUAACCUGGGCGCGGUCACCAGCGUCAUCACGGCGAUACGUGACCGUUGUCCGACGGUCGCCAACUGGAAGAUUGUGCUCGGUGUCAGCUUGACAAUGUGCAGUGUCAGCGUGGUGUACCUCACCCCGGGCGGGCUGGACCUGCUGGAGGUUCUGGAUACCUACGGAGCGAAGUACGUCACACUUACGCUCGCCUUCUUCGAGAUCAUCACCUUCGCGUGGAUCUACGGUGUCGAUCGAGUUUGUCGGGAUAUUGGGUUUAUGCUUCAGCGUGAAACGACCCGCUUCUGGCGCAUCUGCUGGGGACUGCUGGCACCCGCGCUGGUCGCCAUCAUCAUGGUGGUGAGCUUCAUAGACCACGUCUCCCUAAAGGUCCCGGUCAGCUACAAUGUUGCCGGCUGGUUGCUCUACGUCUUCGCCAUCCUUCAACUUCCCCUGUGGGCAAUCUACGCGAUCCACACCCAAGAGGAGAAAGGCUGGCGGGCUAAGGUGGCGGCCGCUUUCCACCCCACCAGAUCCUGGGGUCCCGAAAAUGAUGCAAUCCGGGAGCAAUACAGUGUUAUGGAAGAUAGAAUCAACGAACAGGGUGGUCUGCGCAGACGCCAACUAGUGCAUAUGUUACACGGGAAACUAUUUCACUAGCACGGAAUAUCGUACAAAUAUGUAU